UGUUGAAUGAUUAUGAGCAAAACUUGUCAAUUAUGUUUGAAUGGUUAGAGAUCAAAUCCAACACGUCUGUCUUCGAGUAGUCGAAGUUGGUGAGGCCUGCCAGCCCCUUCAGCACCAGCGACAUCAAGUCGUAGGCUCUGGCCGCUUCUUGCUCGGUCAUGUACGAGUGGAUGUAGGUCUUCCUGUCAAAGAUGUCGAUGAGGGCCUGCCACUUCGAGUGGUUCUUGAACACUCCGGUGAAGCGAGACCUUCUGGUGCUGGCUUGUCUGUUCAGAGAGCGGGCAACUUUGCGUCUCCCCCUCACAAUAGUACGAGCUGGGUCAUCAACAGCAUCGAGUUGUCUGUGAAGGAUGGCAUAUCUGGAUCUGAGGAAGGCAGUUCUGUGCUCAGGUGAGACUCUGGGAGCUCUACGACUUCUAGUAGAUCUGGGCACUUGAACACUGUCUUUAAUUUCUUCUUGGUGAUUCAUUUGAUUCAAACUUAA